CCUUCUAAGCUCGACGGGGAUCCGCGCAUCACCAACUCCGACUUUCCUCACCCUCUCGCGACAACACCUCUCACCAUGUCUCCCUCCCAGCAGCUCAACCAUGUCUCUUACGCUCCGCCGACUCUACAGCAGCGUCUCCUCCACGCCCAGCGCGACCUCCAUCGCAUCCCAAUUCCUCACUAAAACGCAAACCCUCCCACCGCUCAAGCAAACCCAGUUCCUAGACGCCAACCAACUGCAGCGCUUCUCCGCGACGCUCUCGCGGGCCGAGCUCGCCGCGUCGCUGCCCGCCCACGGCACGCUCCUCCCGCCAUGCUACCACCUGGCGUACUUCACGCCGGCGCAGCCCGAGGAGCUCCUGGGCCGCGACGGCACAGACACGACGUUCAACCCGCCGCGGCCGUUCACGCGGCGCAUGUGGGCCGGGGGCGAGCUGGAGUGGUGCGACGAUGCGGAGCGCGGGCUAAGCGUAGGACAGGAGGUCGUGGAGACGACAAGGCUGCUGUCGGCGGUGGGGAAGAAGACGCGGGCCGGCGAGGAGAUGGUGGUGGUUGGCGUGGAGAAGACGUUUGAGAACGAGCAUGGCGUGGCGCUGGUCGAUAAGAGGAAUUGGAUCUUCCGCCCUGAGAUCACGACCCCGCAGGCGCCAGCGUCCAAGCCGAUCGAGGUGCCGCUGCCCGAAGGCAAGUACGUGCGGGAUUUCGUGCAGACGCCCGUGACGCUCUUCCGCUUCUCGGCGCUGACGUUCAACGCGCACAAGAUCCACUACAAUCGCGAGUGGUGUCGGGAGGUUGAGGGACAUCGCGAUCUGGUCGUGCACGGGCCGCUGAACCUGAUCAACAUGGUGAAUCUGUGGAGGGAUGUGAGGGGAGGGAACGCGGUUCCGAGGAAGAUUAGCUAUAGGGCUACGAGUCCCCUGUACGCGGGCGAGAAGUACAGGGUUGUGAUGGAUGAGGAGAGGGAGAAGGUCACGGAGGUCAGGAUUGUCGAUAGCUAUGGGAAGAUUGGUAUGGUGGGCCAGAUUGAAAGUGUCUGAUACUUCUGACCGCUAGCUAUAAAUCACCCGGGACUAAGAAGUGCAAAAAUCGGGGGAUAUAAAAUGCUUUUCAAGGGGUAUAGUAUGUAUAUACAAAACAUCAUUUCCCUACAGCAAGCAUCUCAAGCUGGCAACAGUCGACACCUUGCCAAGAUCCCAACUACAAUAUCCAUGCUGCACCCUAGCCAGACCCU